UAUCAGUUUUAAACCCAAAGAUUUAGAGAACUACAGACGUGGCCACUUCUAACCUUCACUGACUUUUUUUCCUGUGGUAAAGUUGCUUUUAAUUUUUCUAAUGGCUCAAAAAUUCAUCCUCCUGUUUGUCCUUUGGCUUGUUGUAGCCAUUUUCACCUCUUCAACAAGAGCAGAAGAUACUGAAAUUUUAGCUUCAGAAGACAAUGCAACUACUGCAACACCAACAACUUUAUUUAAAGCAACUUCAGUAACCGCAACACGCGAUUCAACUACUGCAGCAACAGACGAUUCAACUACUGCAGCAAAAACAACUCCAUUUAAAGAUCCCUGCAACCCAAAUCCCUGUGGCACCGGAAGCACCUGUGAGGUCCGUUAUAACGACACAUAUGUAUGUUUGUGCCUCGCUGGUGAUUCCUACAACAAUGUUUCAAAGAGUUGUGAACGCUCCAAAGUCUUCCCUGGAAAUCUUCAAGUGAAAAAACCAUUUAAAGAUGAAAUGACAGACACCACAUCAAAGGAAUUUAUAGAAACUGCUAAUGAAAUCAUUGCUGAGCUGGAUGAAGUUUAUAACGAGAUGAACGGUUACUCCAAAUCUAUAGUGCUGAAACUCCUUCCAAGAAGCACUCGUGUGUCAGGGGCAAGCUCAGAGGUCAUUGCAUCAGUACAGAUCAUCUUCGAGGCCAGUUCUGAAAUCACAGAUGAUCAAGUUGUAAAAACAUUAACAGAGUGUAAGGACUGUAGCGUGAUUGACAACACAUUUAACAUUACGAACCUGUGUGAUGACGCUCCCUGUGAUGAACACUCCACAAACUGCAAAUCAGGCGAUGGAGCUUUCAGCUGUAUUUGUAACAAAGGCUACAUGCAAACAGACUACAGUAAUAGAAUGUGCAUUGCUUGUCCCUUUGGGAAAGAAUUGAAGGAUAAUGAGUGCGUGACAUGCUCGUUUGGUUAUUCUGGUUUUAACUGCUCAGAAAACUGGCAGCUCAUUCUGGUAAUUGUGGGCUCUGUGCUUGGAGGACUGCUGCUCAUAGCCAUCAUCCUUCUACCAGUAGUAGCUACCCAAAAAUCAAACAAAAUCUCGAAGAAGAGCAAAAGUGCAGAAAUGGAAAAACCCUACACUAACUUGAGUUCUGCCGCACAACCAGUGGCUAGCAAUAAGUUUGGCCACAGCCAGGGAGUCUCAUUUAAUGGGUCAGCCAAUGGCAAUUCAGGUUUUCAGAAUGGUGGGGUACCCAUGUUCCCACGAGCUGGCAACCCCACCAACAGCAUGGACAACAGGACCAACCUGGAGAUGAAACCAAGCAACAGCCGACAAAACUUUGGACAUAUGAACAGUGGCUCAGAAUAUUCCUCUCGGCUAUAUGAUGAACCAGAGGACAUACGCCCAUACGCUCAGACUCAACCUCGGAACAACCCGUAUGCCGAGAAUCAGCCCAGGAUCAACCCGUAUAUUCAGAACCAAGGCCACAGCAACCCGCACUACACACACGAUGAUGGAAGACGCUACUAUUAGUACAACAUCAGAAAGGCUCACUAUACAAUGAUAGGUUUAUGUUUUUAAAUUUGUUUUAUAAUUCCUGUAUGUAAUGAAUCGUAUUGAAUCUUAUGUGACUGACUACAGUACAAGCUGUCAUAAACCAAUCUUGUCUGAUCGUGAUUACUUUAUUUCAAGUUGGAGACAUGAUUUCGAGGAUUGGUCUCAUUUUUUAUCGGUUUUGGUUAUAUGAAUUAUGAGUUAUUAAAGAGUUGUCUAUUUUAAAUUGAAAAACCUGGACACUCAUGUCCAAAUAUAUUGCGAUAAUGAGGUGCUGCUUAUGAUUGUUCCUUUGUCUGAUAAAUGCUUCAUUCGUCUGUGAAUUCACAAAUUUUUUUCAUGUAAAUAUGUUAAAUUUUUGUGAUGAACUGAAAUUUGAUGUUUAAUUCAGUUUUUGUGAAUGAGAGGAGUUUAUUCUAAUAAAAUUAUAAGAACCUGUGUCUAGUAUAUAUUAGCAUCAAGCGGUGAGGUUGCACAUGUGUGUGUGUGUCUAGAAAAAGGAAACUCAAAGAUGUAGCCUUAUGUCAAACCCAAAUACUCAAAUAAUCAAGGAGCUAAACAGAGAAUAUAACUAA